CAUCGAAGCUAAAGACAGAAGUGUUUAGUCAUUUUCAAAGCGACUUGUUUCUGGAGUUUUCCAAACAAUAUUCAUAAAAUAGGCCUUGAAACUUCCUAAUUCCUCAGUUCAAAAGAAAAUAUCAACCAGACAAGUACGAACAUGGAGUUUCCUCAUCUAGGACAACAUUGCAGCGAGCCAACUUGCAACCGUUUGGAUUUCCUGCCCGUCAAGUGCGACUCGUGCGACAAGGUCUUCUGCGCCUCGCACUACAAUUACGAUCGGCACAGCUGCCCCAGUGCCCACAGGAAGAACGUCCAGGUGCCCAUCUGUCCGCUGUGCCGCGAACCCGUGCCCACUCCUCCGGGCGUGGAACCUGAUGUGACCGUGGGCCAGCACAUCGACCAGCAGUGCAAGUCGGAGAGCAAGAAGAUCUACACGAAUCGCUGCCACGCCAAGGGCUGCAAGCGCAAGGAGCUGAUCCCGGUGACCUGCUCCCAGUGCCACUUGAACUUUUGCCUGCGUCAUCGCCACACGAGCGACCACGACUGCCAGCCGCCGAGUGCCAGGGCUGGAGCAGGAGCAGGAUCCUCAUCAUCUGGCAGCGGCGGAUGGCAGUCCAUAUUCAAGACCCCAUCCUCCACCUCUUCCGCUUCGGAAUCGCGUUCCAUGGCUGCCCAGGCGGCCGAGAGACGCAGGCAGAGCAGGAACACUAGCAGCAGCAUUAGCACUACCAAUUCCACACCAAGAGCUGUGCAGGCCACCCAAGUACAAAACAUUCAGGGCAAUAUGAGCGAAGACGAGGCCCUCGCCCGCGCCCUGGCCUUAUCAAUCAUGGAGCAGGAUGACGCGGCGGAACGCAACCGCCAAGCACCGACUGCAAAUAACGCCCAACAGGUUUCAGUGGGCGGGGCCAGCCAGCAGGCAAAUGGCAAGGACAAGUGCCUGCUGUCCUAG